AUGGCAGUAAAAGUUAUGGACAGCGAGGAGAUUGAGGCAAUCACUACACGCAGUGGGGUUAAGCUUCCAAAAAUUACAGUUGAGAGACGGGUGACAGAAAAUAAAAAGUUUGCAAAGUUCUUGGAUACCUUCAGGAAGCUUCAUGUCAAUAUCCCAUUAAUUGAAGCUUUAUCUCAAGUACCAAACUAUGCAAAAAUUUUGAAGGAGAUCCUAUCGAAAAAGAAAAGGCUCACAGAUUUUGAGACCAUCAAGAAAUUAGGAUUGGAAGAGCUAAAGGACAAAUCCAUCUCCCUUCAAUUGGCAGACAGAUCAAUCAAAUACCCGCGAGGAGUGGUUGAGAACGUGCUCAUUAAAGUGGGCAAAUUCAUAUUCCCCGUUGAUUUUGUUGUCCUAGAUAUAGAGGAGUCAUGGGAUGCAGCGUUACUUAUCUUGGGCAGAUCCUUCCUAUCAACAAGUCAAGCUGUCAUGGACUUUGAAAGUGGCGAACUGACAUUGAGAGUGAAAGAUAAACAAGAGAAGUUUAAGAUCUACAAUAUUAUUGAGAAUCCAUUACAAGAAGAGAUCAGCAAAAAGGCUAAGGAGGAGUGCAAGUAUAUUGUUGUAAAGGUACAACAAGGCUCGAGAGAGACGGAGCCUAAACAUCUAGUUAGCGUUGGACGAGAGAAGAAUGGAGGGUUCAAG